AUGGAAAAAAAAAAUUGUUUGCUGAUUCUCACAAUUAUAGAUAACGAUCCGUGCCUUGUCCUUCAAGCUCCAGCUGAAAAAGAAUUGGCCUGGAUUCGGACAUAUGGAAAGCCUCGUUUUAUCUUUCAACGUGCCUACAGGGAAACAUUAGGUUACAAAAAACAAGACCCAGAGGAACAUUCCAAUUCACUAUUGGAAUAUCUCCAGCUUGCACCGUACCUUGCUCCUACAUGCCCGAAGCUCAACCUUCCUAUUCUCCGCCAUCCCGAUCUUCAGCCCAGCAACAUCUUCAUCUCUGAAGAUUUUAAGAUCACGGGUCUUAUCGACUGGCAGCACUCUUUGGUUCUUCCCAUGUUUCUUGCUGCUGGUAUACCGCGAUCAUUUCAGAAUUAUGGUGAUGAACAGUCCAUGUACUUCAUUCCACCGCAACUCCCCGAAGAUCUUGGUACCAUGGAUGCAGAUGAGCAUGCUAUAGCAUGCGAGCAGUUCGGCCGCCGUCAUGUGCACUUUUUUUAUCUGGGGUUCACGCAGAAACUGAAUGAGCCUCAUUCAGAGGCCCUUGAACAGGAAUUUAGUCUCCUAAGACGCCGGAUAUUUGACAAUGCAGGCAGUCCGUGGGAAGGCCUCAACACCCCAUUGCAAGUGGAUAUCGCACAGGUAUCGCAGAAUUGGUCAAAGAUUGCUGCUGUCCGUUCAGAUAGAAGCCUUCCUGCAUGUCCUGUUGUAAUUAGCGAGCAGGAUGUGCAGAAGAGGGCAGCACUGGAUGAUUCACUGCGGGAUGUGGACACUGAACUGGAACAGAUCAAUGGGUUCCUUGGUGUUGGGUCUGAUGGAUGGACAUCAAAUGAAUUGUUUAAACAAGCGAAAGAGAGAGCACGAUCGAUCAAGGUGGAGGGGCUUGCUGCAGUCAAUGAUGACCCAUGGCUGAGGCAGAUGACCGAGCAGCAUUGGCCCUUUGAUGAUUACAACGAAGACGAGUAA